CCGGAAGUGUCUUGAGUGCACAUCACAUGUAGCAGAAAUGGAGGCUUUCGCUAAGCUCGGUCUCUCUGCUUGGCUUAUCGAGCAAUGUAAACAACUGGGGAUCUGCAAGCCCAGCCCUGUACAGGAGUCCUGCAUACCGGCCAUACUGGAGGGUGAGUAUCCGGGGAGGGGGGAGUCAUUCCUCUAUGUAUGUAUGUAGGGAGGCUGUCAGUGACAGGGCUAUCCUGUAUACUUCCCAUUGUGUAGGAAAAAAAGACACAAAACGUAAAUAUUAGUGAAACCUCUUUGCUACAGUGUCAGUAUUGGCUAUUUGACCCUACCUUGGGCUUUGUCGAAAAUGCUAAAUUAUGAACUGGAGCCAAUUAAAAUCCGAAUUGUAAAAGUUAAGCUUACAUUCGUCAAGCUGUGACUGUAGCUUAAAGGACCACUAUAGUGCCAGGAAAGCAAACGCGUUUUCCUGGCACUGUAGUAUUAAUAGGUUCCCACUCACGCUCUGGGUCCCCCUCCCGCCGGGCUCUAGGGGGAGGAAGGGGUUAAACACUCACCUUUCUCCAGCUCUGGGCUCCUUCGGCGUGUGGAACUCUCCUCCUCCCGACAUCAUCGGCUGAAUGCGAAUGCGCGGCAAGAGCCACAAGCGCAUUCAGUCAGUCCAUAGGAAAGCAUUACUCAAUGGUUUCCUAUGGACGCUGGCGUCUUCUCACUGUAAAAAUCACAGUGAGAAGCGCGGAAGUGCCUCUAGCGGCUGUCAAUGAGACAGCCACUAGAGGCUGGAUUAACCCAUAUAUAAACAUAGCAGUUUCUCUGAAACUGCUAUGUUUACAGCAGGCAGGGUUAACCCUAGAUGGACCUGGCACCCUUUUGCCUAAAAUUAACCCCUUGGCGACCGAUGACGGUUCAGGACCAUCAUCGGAAAAAUCCCCUUGGGGACCGAUGACAGUCUGGGGGUACUUACUUGAUCGCCGUCGGUCCCCCGGCGACGAUCAAUGCUCCUCCCGGUCCAGGGGGACUGCCUGUCUCCCGCGGCAGAUCAGGGCCACAUGAUCACUCGAUCACGUGGCCGCAAUAGGUGCCUGUGUAUCUGCCUGCAGGGGGACUGUCUGUGCUGACAGGCAGUCUCCCUGCAUCUGCAAAAUAAAAUAAAAAAGUUUUAAAAAAAUCAAUCAGUGUAAAAAAAAUAAUAAUAUAUGUGUGUGUGUAUAUAUGUAUAUAUAUACGUGUGUGUGUGUGUAUAUAUAUAUAUGUAUAUAUGUAUGUAUAUAUCAUAUAUAAUGUCAUACUAAGUGUAUUUUUAUAUAUACAUAUAUUAAUAUAAAAAUAUACGUAUAAUUAAAUUUCACACGUGUAAAUAUACAAUAUAUAUAAUAACGAAGAUUUCGUCUAAGGCAAAGGAAAGGUUUUUUUUUACUGUAAGAACAAUCAGGAUGUGGAAUUCUCUGCCGGAAGAUUUUAUCAGAGUCCAAACAGAUGUUCAAACAGCUACUAGAUGCAUACUUGCAAAAACAGAAUAUUCAAGGAUAUAAUCUUUCAAUGUAGGGUAAUAACUGCUUGAUCCAAGGGUAAAUCUGACUACCAUUCUGGGGUCAAGAAGGAAUUUUUUUCCUAGCUUGUUGCAAAAUUGUGCUUCAAACUGGGUUUUUUUUGCCUUCUUUUAGAUCAACAGCAAAAACAAAUGUGAGGAAGGCUGAACUUGAUGGAUGCAAGUCUCUUUUCAGCUAUGUAACUAUGUAACUAUAUAUAUAUUAUUAUAAAAUACAAAUAUUAAAAAAAUUAUAUAUAUAUGUAAUUUUAUUCUAACAGUAUUAUAUAUAUAUAUAUAUAUAUAUAUAUUUAUAUCAAAAUACAAUGUAAUGAUAUAUAUAUGUAUAAAUAAAAAUAAUAUGAAAUAUACAUAUGUCCAUAUACAUAAUUACAUAAAUAGUUUCAUAAAUAUACACGUAGACGUCAAAUAUAUAAAUAUGUAUAUAUAAUAAAAUUCUACGUGCAAAUUUAUGUGAUAUUUUUACCUAAUUAAAGUAAUUUUAAUGAUUGCAAUUUGAGGGACAUGCCUGACAACCCAAAAGUCCAGAGAAUUUAAUUUUUCUAGCACUGUGUUUAACCCUGUUACUUUCUAUGACAUCCUAAAACCUGUACAUGGGGGGUACGGUUUUACUCUGGAGACUUUGCUGAACACAAAUAUUAGUGUUUCAAAACAGUAAAACAUAUCACAGCGAUGAUAUUGUCAGUGAAAGUGAAGUUUUUUGCAUUUUUCACACACAAACGGCACUUUCACUGAUGAUAUUAUUGCUGUGAUACAUUUUACUGUUCUGAUACACUAAUAUUUGUGUUCAGCGAAGUCUCCGGAUUAUAACAGUACCCCACAUGUAGAGGUUUUAUAGUGUUUGUGAAAGUUACAGGGUCAAAUAUAAGGCUUGAUUUUACUUUUUCUUUUUUUUUGAAAUUUGUCAGAUUGAUUAGGUUGCCUUUGAGAGUGUAUGGUAGCCCAGGAAUGAGAAUUACCUCCAUGAUGGCAUACCAUUUGUAAAAGAAGACAACCCAAGGUAUUGCAAAUUGGGUAUGUUCAGCCUUUUUUAGUAGCCACUUAGUCAAAAACACUGGCCAAAGUUAGGGUUUUUUGCAUAUUUAACACACAAAUAAAUAUAAAUGCUAAUUUUGGCCAGUGUUUGUGACUAGGUGGCUUUCCUAUAGGAAAGCUUUGGAUUGGCUGAAAUCAAUUCUGAUCUCAACCAAGAGGGGCAGCUGGAAUAAAGUUAAGUUUUAACCAUAUUUAAAGAGGUAAGGGGGUUGGCCACCUAAAUAGUGUUUUUUAAUACAUGUUUGUAUUCUUGACCCUAUAGUGUUCAUUUAUGGAGGGAAGCAAAUGUCUAGAUGUUCACAUACUUUUUCACUAAGCCUCGUUCUGCAAAAAAAAACAGAACAAUUAUAUUUACUAAUAUUUUCUUUUCUUGGAUAUAGGCUAUGGCAGCACUAUAGAUGGUUGUAGCUCCUCCCCUCUCAAAUUGUACAGGAAACUAUCUUAAUUAAAUAAUAAAAUAGCCCACACCCAAAGUCUUGGUCCUGAAGCCACAGAACAAAAUUACCAGAAUGAGGGUGGAAACAUAGUGCUGCCAUGAUCUGUAUCCGAGAAAAGAAACUAAAAGUAAGUAUGAUAUACAUGUUCUGUUUUUCUGGCUAUAUCCAUGGCAGCACUACAGAUAGGUGAUACUCAAACUAAAACGAAAGCAAACCAAAAAACGAAAAUAAGAGGCAAAAUAAUUUAUUAGAAAAACUUUAUUAUAGGACAGCAAAUAUCACUUCAGACAAAAGAUGGCCUAGAAUAGAAUAUAUUGCUACAUCCAAACAGUAAUGAUUAAUAAAGGUGUUGAAUGAUUGCCAAGUCGCUGCAGAAAGUAUAUAGGAGAUGCAGUCACUUUAUUUUUUUUUUUAUUUAGUUACCAGGUGUUCCUGUCCAAAUUAGGAUUGGGUGGAUCCAUACCCAUCUGAAGUGCUGACAUAAAUAUAUCCAGGGGAGAAAAUCUUGUUUCUGUGUUCAGUUACUUUAGCUUUAUGAAUUUUGUUGUACAGCUGUAACAAUUUUCUCACAUUAGAAGGUAUCAUACAGACCACUAAAAUACACGCGGGACAGUCGUACAUAUAAAUGUGGCGUUCCCUUUACCUGCUCUAACUUUAUAUGACCUUUCUUAUCUAAGAUAGUUUAAAGAACACUCAAAUCACCAUAACCACUACAACUUGCUGUCACAGAGAGCUGAUCAAUCCCAGCCACAGCUGCAGGGCCUAGCUCAGUAGAGUUAACAGAAGCUCUUGUUUAGGAGCUUCCAGCAAUAGUAGUGUAGGAGGGGAUGUGGCACGCAGCAAACCCCAGGUUGAAAGUCAAACCAUUCAGCGAGUUGUAGUUGUCAUGGUGCUUGGAUUGUUCUUUUCAUAAAAGCUAUCGUCAUCGCCAAAAAAAGUACACUUUAGGGAGCUCAGAAUGGUAAAUAAAUUCAACACAGAUUUCAUUAUAAAUUAUAUGGAAAGUGUUUGUGAAUAUUGUAGUUUUCUAGCAAUAAUUUUACAUAUUAUUCUUGCUAUUUUUUUUUUGAAACUUCAGACCCAUAUCAGAUUUAUAUAUAUUUUUUGUUUUUAUUUUAUUUAUUUAGGCCGGGACUGCAUGGGCUGUGCCAAAACCGGCAGUGGAAAGACAGCUGCUUUUGUGUUGCCCAUUCUCCAGAAACUUUCUGAAGAUCCAUUUGGAAUAUUUUGCUUGGUUAUCACACCAACUCGGUAUGUGCUGUUCAUUGGGAAUGAGGUGAAAUUUAAGUAAUUUGUGUUAUUAUGGUUAUGUACACUACCUUAAAGGGACACCUGGUUACCAUAACAACUUCAUCUAUUUGAGUAGUUCGACAUGACAAAAGUAUGCAAUAUUCACCUGAGAACAAACGUUUUUAAAUAUGUAAUAAACAUUUUAACAUUUCAUUGUCCUAACCAGUAAGCAUAAUCUGGAGAAAAUAUCUAUAAAUAACAAAAAAAUAUGAAGCUGUUUUUUCCCCCUUUUUAUAUGGCUCCACAGAUACUGACAGUAUAUAUAGCAAAUAUAUGCAAGGGUAGGAUAAUAAAAUACAAAACAAAAGGUUCUCUUUCAGCACAACCCUAUGAUAGACAAUAUUUAAUGCACAUUGAAGAGUAUGUCCUUUUCUAGCUAUGGCAUUCUCCAUUUGAUACUAAUAAAGGUGUGAAAGGAACAUAUUAUCCUGCAGCUUAAUGGCCAUCAAAAACAUUUUUCAAAAUAUGAAAUCAUUUGAAAAGCUUAUCCAAAAAUAUUAAUUGAGGCCAUCGUUGGAUAAUUUUAGUCCAGCUAUUUUCAUCUAAACUUGGUAUUUCUAAGUUUAAUGAAAACCCAUAAUUGUAUUGUUUGCAAGACUGGAAGUGCUUGUGAUGCGUCUCAUCCUGCCCUAUGUUGGUAUUGUAUUAUAGUGACCCUGUAAUGGGGAAAAAAUGCCUUAAAUCUCCGCCAUAUCCAUAUAGUACAUCCUAUAUCACAAAGAUAUGUGAUGUAUUCAAUGUAAAUUUUCAAAUCUAGCACCAUCAUCUUCAGAGCUAUGUGGAUGUACAACCCACCUCUGGACCAUCCACUGAUCUUUAUUUUUUUCAUUUCCCUUUCUUGCGAACUUUUUUGCCAAUACGCUGGCUUCGUAGCCAGCAUGCCAGUGUCUGAAUGGACGACAUCAGUUACUCCGUUCCUAUUUGGAUUCAACUUUAUUAUCACUGUACAUUGUACAUAUAAUGAAACUCAGUUGGCCUCUGAUCAGAAAUGCAGCAGCAAUUAAUAAACAAUACUAUAUAAAAUGUACUCUCGGUGUAAGCUUUUUAGCUGUCUAUGCCUAGUACCUCUACUAAUUAAGAAAUACAAUCCUUACUUCAUUAAUAAAAACAUUUAAAAGCCUAAUAAUACAUUGACAUUACACAAUAGUGCCACCAUAUAGAAAUUCAACAAUACAACCCAUAGCCCCUAAUCUGAGUAAAAUAAUUACCCCUUAUAAAAACGCCAUACCUGUGCAAUAGGUGUGCCAAACUAGACAUACGGUGUGCCUGUACUCCCUAGCCAGCAACAGAAGCGCCAGCGAGGGAAUUUCCAUAGCAACUGCAGUGCAUGUGCUGUGGUUGUUAUUCUUGGGAGAGCUGUAAGACUUGUUGUGGGUGGUGGUUUUGCUUCCAUUUGUCAGUCAAAUCGUCAGCAUAGAUUCUAUAAUGAAGGUGUGAGAGACCUAUAUUAAAAUAUUUUUUUUUUUUUUUCAAUCUAUAAAUGUGUUUAAAAAAAACCUGCUAGCACAAUGUAAACAUAAUAUUUUCACAUUACUGGUUAAAACUCAAACUUACUUGUAAAGAUAAUAUCUUUGAGGGGGAAAAAAGAAUGUGCUCGAAUAUCCCUAUAUCAACGGCUAUUGGUGGCUUGUUUGGUAACUUCCUAAAACCAGUAUUUGCAUGUAAUAACUCUGCGAGAGAAUGCAUAUAGGGAUCCUUUUCUGCUCUAUGAAAGGCAAUUGAUGCACUGAAGUGUGGACAUUUUUUAUUUUAUUUAUCACAAUUUUCUUUCAAUUUACACACAACAACCAUAAAAAGUAUUACAUAGUUAAUUCAGUAGCAUAUUGGACAAACAUAUAGACAAAGGCAUACAAUCGAUCCUUACAUAAACUUUUUUUUUUUUUUUUAAAUAUAUAUAUAUAAAUUUAUUUAUUUCUAAAGAACAUAUAUUACUUUUUAUUUCCUUAUUCAUCUUCUUUAUCUUCUCAUUUUCGCUAUAUUAGAGGCUUAAACCGAGACAUGUUUUGCAGUUUUCCUUUCUCUUUUUUUUUUCCCUUUCUCUUCUUUUUUUCCCUUCCCUUUCUUUCCCCUUACUUUUCUUUUCUAUCUAUUUUUUUCUCUUUAGCAUCCUUCCCUCAUAGAUUUUGUAUUGUAUCAAUAAUUAUUUUCUUAAUGUAAGAAUUAUUUCUGGUUAUACCCAAUUCCAUUUUAAAUUGAAAAAGCACCUGGGCUUUAAUUUCUUUCCAUUCUGGUAUCUUGUUACUUCUCCAAUUUCUUGCUAGUACCAUUUUUAAGGCAAUAAGAAUAUGAGUUAUCAUCAUUUUGUUUUUCAUUGAAGGCCACUCGAAGUGUAGUAAUAAGCUUUCUGGGGUGAGAGGUAAUGUCACUCAAGAAAGUGUAAGUGUUUGUGUGUGUGUGUAUAUAUAUAUCUAUAUCUCUCCACACUUUUUCUGUUAGCCCAUUCCCACCACAUAUGGAGAUAAUUGCCUUUAUCCCUUUCACAUCUCCAGCAUUUAUCCUGCUGGUCUUUAUACAGUUUAACAAGUUUUAUGGGGACAAGGUACCACCUAUUCACGCGCUUGUAAAAGGUUUUAACGAUAUUUAAGCAGUGUACUGUUGUAUUAACAUUAGCCGUAAUCCAACCUUCCUUUAAUACCACUACAUUAAGAUCUUUUUCCCACGCUACUUUUAUAUUGAAAUUAUUCUCUGGCAUUAGGUAUUUGUCUAAAAAAAAAAUGUAAUUCUUAGAUAUGUAAAGAUUUCUUUUUUUGGAAGUGUAUACUCUACUCUUCUUGCAGUUGGCUGAAGGUUUUAAUUGUUGCCUCAGAUAUACAGUCCCCUAGGAUCUUAAUUCCCACAUUCUUCCAUCUUUUAAUACGUAUAUCCAUUAUAUUUCUUGGAAUCAGUUCCAUAGGGAGAAAAUUCAGUAAUAAUUUUUUUUUUCUAUCUAAACUUUUGCCACACUCUCAAAGAUUUUCUCAGAUCAGCCUUAUUAUUAUAUAAAUUUUACCAAAAUAAUAUAAGCAUACUAUCACAUUCUGUCAUUUCUGAUUCUAACUCAUACUACGCCUCUUCUUUAGCAUUCUCCCUCUGAGUGAUAAAAGCAUGGAAAAUCAUACAGGCAUUGUGGUAGUCAUAUAUAUUGGGGAUAGCUAGCCCCCCCUCUUUUGUCUUUUUUGAUAGUAAUUUUAAGUUUAUUUUUUUUUGCCAAAUAAAUUUUGAAAAGGCUGUCUGGAUCAUUUUUUUCCCUCCUCUUCCCCCUUCCCCUUCCCUUUUUUCUUUUCUAUUCAGUCUUUACUUUUCUCUAUUACACUCUUUUCUUUGACUGCACCAGUAUUCAUUUUAUUUAUUGCAUUCAGAUAGUAUGUACAUAAAAAUCACGAAAUAAACAUAGGUUAGCAUCAGUAAACAUAGCAACUUGCUCUUAGUGAGUCACAACCUCAGCAAGGUAAACAAAGUUACAAUAACCAGCCAUCAUGGCCUAAGAGCGAUUAACCACUACGUUUAUCUAUACAGCAAUCCUUGGUCACCGAUCGCUGGGUCGGCCAUUAUGAUUAGCACCCAGGUGAACGCCAGCACCAAAGCGAAGUCCAAGGUGGAAUUCGAGAUAGAAGGGAUAAAAAAAAGAAAAACAAACCUUUGCAUAUAUUUGCCUUUCUCUCUUUUGAAGCAGGCUAGAUUAGUAGCCAUGCAUGCUUUCUUCUUGCCAAUGCGUGUACUCCCACCUGACCACCCACACCAACCUUCAAGGAGGUCUCAUGUUUGCCCCGCACUAGGAGACAUCCCUCCCUCCCCCUCCCCCCGAUCUGCAACGCCCCAAGUGCCUGCCUCAGCCUAAGUGAAAUUUAGGAGUCAAGGUCUCCAUAGCUCGAUACAGUUUUCUGUUCUAUCUGACAAUGCUGCUGCCUGCUCCUCCAUUGAUCUUAUUUCCUCCAUCUUAUCCACCCAGUUCUGAAUUGUCAGUACUACACGCUGCCACCAGAGGACAGGGAUUAGUGACUUGGCUGCAGUCAUAAGAUAUUGUUAUUGUUUUCUUAUAUUUGGAAAUUGUCAUAGCAGUAUGCAUUAAUAGCAUCACAGCCGGGUCAAAUGCUAUGUUAUCGUCCAAGACCUUGUCCAUCUCUGCGUGGACUGCCUCUCAAAAAGACUAAUGCCCUUAUACAAUAUGCUUGUAAGAAAUGAAUUACAUAUCUCACACAUUGUUCAAAAAUCUAAUUUGCAUAGGUGGGUACAAUCAAAAGUGACUUCAGCUUUUACAACAGUAAGACAUAAUAUAAACAAGUAUACUUUCUGGUAUUAGAUGACUGUUGUUCUUAGGAAUAAAAUGAUCAACAUAUUUUACUAUGAAAAUACUAGCUUUUCCUCCAUCAUUUAAAAGGACAAUCUAAGCACCAUGAUCACUUCACUGCAUUGAAAUAGCUGUUGUUGUGCCUGGAGGCCCCUUGUGCCAUCCCACUUUUCAGUGUUAAACUGUUUUUGAACAAUUUGACACUGAAUGAGGGUCCCUAAGUACUAACACCCUAGCCUCUUUUUGCUGCUUGGACUGAUGCUCCCACAUUAACCCGAGCAGUGAUCAGCUGAGAACUGUGCUCUUAGCCUGUCACUGCCACACAUUGCUGAUGUGAAUUGGUUAAUCUACUUGUCAAAGGGACUAAAGCAGCAGCAGAACUGUUUUGUAACAGUCUUUGAGUGUGUGUGUGUGUGUGUCUUACUAAAUAGGAUUUUCACCUGUUCAAUAUUUUGCUAGCGGACUGAUUAACAUUUAACUUAAGGCCAACAAUCCUAUGGAGGCUGUGGCUUUUCAAAUCUCUCUGACUGUAGUUAAUGUUUGUGUCUUCAUUCUAUAUUCUCCAAUCUGAUUGAUUUAUGCAGUAUUUACAUUAUAAAUGUUGUUUAGACUUGGUAGCUUUAAUCUGAUUAACCAAUAAUCUAGAUUUGUCUGAUGUACAUGUUAGUUUGAAUUUUAAUUUGUGUAAUGUUUCCUUGUAGAAAACAGUUCUAUUUUAUUUUAUUUUUUACAUAUAUUUUGUUAUCUGCAGAGAACUGGCCUAUCAGAUUGCAGAACAGUUCCGUGUGCUGGGCAAACCGCUUGGAUUGAAGGAUUGUAUAGUAGUUGGUGGAAUGGGUAUGUAUAAUGCACGUCCUUUUAAAAAAAAUAAAAAAAAUUAAAUAAAACUAUUUUUGUCCUUCAAUGUGAGUAUUGUACUCUAGUGCUAGUGAGGGACUGGAAAUUAGUUGGAGUUCUAAAAGUUGAAGAAAAUUAUUAUUUUUUUUUUUUUUUCCUUUAUAGACAUGAUUGCGCAGGCUUUGGAACUGGCCAGAAAGCCUCACAUUGUAAUUGCAACUCCCGGUCGGUUGGCAGACCAUAUCCGCAGCUCAAACACAUUCAGCAUCAAGAAAAUUCGGUUCUUGGUAAGGCAUAGUGACUCAGGGCAAAAUGCCAUUGUGUAGGCAAUGAUAACUUUCUCAGGUUCUAUAAAGAACACACAAGUAGUUCAUAUAAAAAUGAGAAGUGUACAGUUGAGAUUUAAGUCAUUGAGGGUUGCUUCAGGUAGUUUCAAGUUCCAGGGCAAAAUAGCCACAAUGGAAAAAUAAUCUAUCAUUUAUAAACAAGUUUGGUUAAUUUGACCUAGAAUUUGAAGUUCCUUUCACUGUUUUUAACAAUUCAUGAUUUAGUAAAUAACUGUGUGUUACAGUGCAGGGUUAGUUCACUAAACAUUUCAAGGGACACUCUAGUUACCAAAACAACUUUAGCUUAAUGCAGCAGUUUGGGUUUAUAGAUUAUGCCUCUGAAGUCCCACUGCUCAAUACUCUGCCAUUUAGAAGUUAAGUUAAUUUUGCUUCUCUUUAUUUAUCCCUAGCCAUUCCUUCCCUGAGUGUCACUCACACUGCCUGCAUGAAAACAAAUGUUAACUUCUAAAGAUUUUAUCUCCUGCUUAGCAAAUUAAAGUUUAGUCACACACGAGUCUCCUGCAAGCUAUUAACAGUGCAGGGCAUUAUAAAUAAAAUAGAAUUUGCAAUAAAGGAAGUAUAAACAUUAGAUCUAACCUUACAGGAAGUGUUUAAGAAGACUGUGUAAAUCACUUGCAGGAAGGUGUGACUAGGGCUGUAUAUAGAAGUCAUUUAACUCCUAAAUGGCAGAGAGUUGAGCAGUGAGAUUGCAGGGGCACGAUCUAUACACCAAAACUCCAUCAUUAAGCUAAAGUUGUUUUGGUGACUAUAGUGUCCCUUAUAAAAGGAUCCCUAUCCCCUUAACCCUGAGUGAAAACAUUAUAGUUUUAGAAAAGUUGCAAUGUUGUCAUUGCUCGGUUAAGGCUGGCUCAGACAGCCACUAGAAGCACUUCCUGCAGUUUCACAGAGAACGAUGCUGGAUGUCCUCGCUCUUUGCAUGAGGACAUCCAGCGUCUUCCAAUCCCCAUAAGGGCACAGAGGGACAAUAUAGUGUUAGUAAUACAGGUGUUUUUUUUUUUUUGUUUUUUUUAUUCUUAACACUAUAGUGUUCCUUCAAAUAAUUUAGGGGGCUAUACUGAAUAUGUAUCAAUGUUUAUAAAUAAGACUUUUGAAAAAACUGGCAAAGGCUUUAAAACAAUAAACAAUAUGGUGUAUAUAAGUAAACUACAUUAAUUUCAACACCAGUGCAUUGUACGCCCUUUUCUCAGUAUUAGAUGAGAAUCAAUAUCUUCUAAAUUAUUUUGCACAUAGCUUGCCACAUUAAAACAUAAAUUACAUUUGGAAAGAAAAACCAUGCCUUCUUCCAAUUAUAUAGAGUUCAAGUAGAGAUUGCAGCCGUAUUAGUCCAGUGAUGCAGAUUGACAAGCUUUCGGGAGAACCUCCCUUUCUCAAGUCUAAAGCAUUUCUUAGCAAAGACAACACAUAGAAUUCAAAAUUGAGUUAUGAUACAGGGGUUAAAGCUACAUGAGUGCAGAUAAGACAUAGGUUUGAUAGACACAGAGUGAGGGUGGGGGGAGAGAGUCUGCUUGCACUGUUUGCUUGUUUUUUUUCCUCUCUUUCCCCCUAAAACAGAAAUGCUUUAGACUUGAGAAAGGAAGGUUCUCCCAAAAGCUUGUCAUUAAAAAAACGAUAUUAGUCCAGUAAAAAAGUAUCACAAGAUAUGAAUUUUAUCUGUUUUUACAUCCAAUUAUAUAAGUUGAGUCAAUAAAUGCAAUGUGCAAAUGCUGCCACCUAGUGGUCAAAUCACUGUAAUUACUUACAAAACAAGUUGAAAAGCACCCUUUAUGUCUGUCAGUUCUGCACCAAGUGACAUGCUUUCUAAGUCUUGAUGGCUUUUUAGAUAGAUAAGAUAUGUACUGCUAAUGAAUCUGUUUCCCAAAAGCUUAUAAAACAAACAAAAAAAAAGUUUGAUAAACAUGUAUUAUAACUCCCAUUUUUUAACAGUUGAUGGAACAGUACCCACUAUUCUAGUACGUAAAGUGAAAGGCUUAAAUCUUCAAAGAUAAAACCAAAUUUCCUGAUUGUGUGUAAUCCUUUUGUUCAUUUUGACAAACAAAAUAAAAAAAUAAAUAAUUGAUAUGAAGUGGUCUGGGUAACUUUACUGGUCAUUUAAAUCACAACCUGGCUGCAGACACUGUGCUUUGUACCGAUCAAUCCGUUAGUGGCUGAGCUGAUAAGGAAGUCUUUCUGGAGUGAGUGGGUGCAGCAUUCUGCAAAACAUAUUUUAUGUACAAAAACUACAAAGAAUUUUGCAUACAACACAGCAUAUUAAUGAGGCAAAACCCUGUCAAAUCCAAUGCAUUACAGUUGCACUGGUGCCCACAGCGUCCCUUUAAAUUUUCAGUCUGUAACGAUUCGGAAUGUGUUUCUCUCUCCUGUUCCCUUCUAGGUUUUAGAUGAAGCUGAUCGUCUAUUAGAGCAGGGGUGCACAGAUUUCACCCAGGACCUUCAGGUGAUCCUUAGUGCUGUCCCUGCCCAGCGCCAGACACUGCUGUUUAGUGCCACUUUGACAGACACUUUGCAGGAACUGAAGUCCAUCGCCAUGAACAAGCCCUUCUUCUGGGAAUCCACUUCAGAGUAAGGGGCAGGUUAAACAUGUACAUCCAAAGACAUUUAUACCAUCUAUAGAAAGAUUACUUAGAGCGCCACCCUAAGCUGCAUCAUUACUACAGUGCGUUGUGUUGGUUAUGGUAAUAGCAUGCCCCUAGCACCGUCCCCCUGUUUUGUGUCAACUAGUUUCAAACUGUUUCACACAAACCUUUAGUCCCCGGGAUACCUGUGGCCAGGCUCUUCACUCACUGUAUCCCUAUUGCAGUUACAUUUACACAUUCGCAAUAUAAAUUCCGUCUAUAAUUAGAAAACAUUCACAGGCUGAACGCUUCAGCUGAGCUUGAGUGUAAGUGAAUGUUGAUUACAUUCUCACUGUGAGUGGACAUAUACUAGCUGUCCAAUCACAGACUUUCCAAUACUGCUGAGUGAGAAGCAUUUGCAAGGUGAGUGUUCUAGGCAGCUGUUGCCUCUUGAGUUUACCAGGAAGUAACAGGACUGGUUGUCUGACAACCAGUUGGUGUAACCAAGUUAGUUUUUAAUAGUGAUCAUUUCCAGAGUGUCCCUUCAAUGGUGAUUAUGGAAGUGGAAGGUGGUUAUAUAUAUUUUUUUAAUUUAAACUCUGGUCUGUGUCCAGCUCCAUUGCUUUUGAUGUCAUUGUGCUCAUGAGAUCAUAUAUUAAAGCCUUCCCCUUUUAGAAAACUAUGCCUUUUUGUAUUACUGACGUGCGUCAAUUCUAUUAACUGUUAAAAUGACAUUUUUGUAAAUUCCUCUUUAGAACGUUUUUUUUUUUUUUUUGAAGGAACACUAUAUAAGGUGAGGAACACAAACUCUGGCCUCCUAGAUGUUGCUGAACUAGAAUAGGCAAUCACGGUGCCCAGAAAAUCUUAAUGUACAGUAAUUCUGUAUUCUAUAUAUGUUUUACUCAAAAUAUACUCACACCAAUUCCGAUAUAAGCAGAAAGUCAUGUACAAUCAUAUUUAAUUGUAUGCUUUCCUGCCCAAGGAAGCAAUUUCCACAUCACAGAGGUUCACGAUAUGGUCUUGUGCUAUUUCUAUAGGGUGCGAACAGUCGAGCAGUUAGACCAAAGGUAUGUCCUGGUGCCUGAGAAGGUUAAGGAUGCUUAUCUGGUCCAUCUGAUUCAAAAGUUCCAGGAUGAACAUGAGGACUGGUCUAUCAUGAUCUUCACAAACACCUGCAAGUAAGAAAUAUUUGUGUAAAUAAGGAGGAGGAGUGUUUAAUCUAUUUAUCUGAUUUGGCAUAGUGUAAAUGAGCGUUCUGAUCAAGAAGACAGUAGAACUGUUGAUGGGUAACAGGAGGGGAAUGUGUAAAAUGAGUACAUGCAUGUAAGUAAAAUGCUUGCCAGCCUAGGAGUAAAUGAAGAAGACACGCUCUUUAACUGACAAUGUUUGGUGCCUGGUGUUAGAAUUUGUGUGAUAAGCAGUGAUCGAGUUUUGAAUGAUUGGCUACUGAGUUUGUUAGUAGUUUACUAAAAGUAACUGUGAUGAUGGGAAUGCAAUGUCCUGCUGUCUGACCUUAGAUGUCUUCAUCCUUCAGAAACUGUCAGGUUCUAAACAUGAUGCUGCGUGAGUUCAACUUCCCAUCUGUGGCCUUGCACUCGAUGAUGAAACAGGUAAAGAGUCUGAAGAGAGCUUAUAAAGCCAAGCUGAAUAACCUGUUUGUAUCAAUCAGAUGUCUUUGUACAAAAUCCAAUGUAUUAAUCAUUUCCAUAAUUUUUAAAAGCAUUUAUAUUGUACCAGAUACAUUGCAUUAAUAAUUUCCAUAGUUAUUUUUUUUUUUUUUUUUUUUGGUAAAAAAUCCAUUGCAUUAAUCAUUUCCAUCAUUAUCAAUCAUUAUUUUAUUUUUUUUUCUCUUCCAAUUCUUCUUUAUAGAAUUUUUUUUUGCAGUAAUCUCUUUACCCCAUUCUCAGAGAAUGUUGGCUCUUUGGUACUGAAACAUUAAUAUGAUGCAUGUUUUAUCUUCCUCCAGAAGCAAAGAUUUGCUGCUCUUGCCAAGUUCAAAUCUAGCAUCUACAAGAUUCUCAUUGCGACGGAUGUGGCUGCCAGGUAUGCAGUCGAAGCACUGCCGACAUUCUUGUAUACUGUUGCUGAGGGUUCGUCCUCUGUGUGGAACCAGCUUACAAUACUCUGCUCUAAAUGCAGAUAAUUAUGACUCAUGAAAACUAAGUGGCCCAUGUGCUUUGCUUAUAUUAACAUGCCAAAUUUUCCUUUGUCUUAAAGAUAAUUAUACACAUCCUUAGUAUUAGAUUCUUCUACUGUUGGCCAUUACAACUUGCUGUCUGUUAUUUUUCAAAUCUGGUACUAUUUCUGUAAAAUAGCAUUUGCACAUCACAGCUAAAUCCUACUACUCCCCCCACCUACCAUGUUGCAGUUGCCUGUGCCUUAAGCAGAAAUAAACAAAAUUCCACUGGCUUGUACAAUGUACAGUCAUCUGUUGUGUGGGAUAUCUUGACUUGUUUGGUGUCACUAAGCCAGUAGACACGUUUGUCAAGCCCACCUUCCUAUAACCCAGGAGUUAUGGUUGGAAAUUAUAAAUAAUUUUUGGACUAACAUAUCAUACUUUUGUGUGUAUGUGUGUUGUGUUUUUUUUUUUUUUUUUUAAAUCUCUGGCUCAUUUACAUUUUAGACAGUAAUAUGGGAAAAAAUACCUACCUAGUACAUAGGUAUAUGAACUUGCAAGGAUGCAAAGGACAUCGGCUCCGCUAUCUAACAGUUUUCCAAAUGCAAAAGAACACAGAUGUCCAGUACUCUUUGAUGUUUACUAAGAUCCCUUUAUAGUUCCCAAUUAGCAGCAACAUUUAGACAGAAACUUUGUCUUUAUUAAGCUUGAUAAAUACAGGGUUUCUCUUGAAAUGUUGCUGCAAUUUGUGGAUGCCAAUAAAGGGAUCUUAAUACACAAUAAGGCUUGUUGGACAUUUGUGUUUCUUUUAUAUUUUGUGUGCUGGUACAUACAAUGAGGUGGGGGAGCUACACAUUACCCCUCCCUCCCCCACAUCCUUUGUCCCCAAUACACCUGUGCACAUUAUUGUCUAUAUGUCAAUGAAGGGAACCCAGAUUUAUUUUCUGCUUUUCUUUCUACCUAGGGGGUUGGAUAUUCCUUCUGUCCAAGUUGUUAUCAACCACAAUACCCCAGGACUGCCUAAGAUAUACAUCCAUCGCGUGGGACGUACAGCAAGAGCAGGUGGGAGUCCUAUAACAUGGAAACCUCAAGCUAAUGUGCCUUUUAAGACAAAUCCCCAGGAUAUUUAAAUAUCAUGUGAAUUCUACUUAGCACGGCAGAGCCUCAAAUAGUUUCAGGUCCCUAGCAUGUGGUAAAUGUGUAUAGAGAGUGUGUUAACAAAUAUGUACUCUAAAUUAUGUAAAUAUUUAAAUCCGUUAGUUUAAAGCAACAAACCUGCCCUUUUUAGUUGUAGAAAAUUUAAAUUUUGUGUUCUAAUAGCACUUUUAAGAAUUGGGUCGAGGUAUAUAGUUUUACACUUGCAUACACCAAUAACCGCACUGAUAGUCAUUCUUUCUACAAAAGAGCUGAAUAUGCUGCUUAAAUUGCAAAUGUGUACAAGACUGCACCUUUAGAGUACUGUACACUAGAUUUUGCACAAAUGAGUUUCAGUUGCUACGAAUGAAAUCUAAAUCUGAAUUAAUCCAUUUGUGCAGGAUUUACUUGUGGAGUCUUGUUCAGUGACUAAGUUUCCACAAGUAAAUACCAGACAGAUGGAUUAAUUCGGUCACAGAUUAAAAUGCCUUUGAUUCGUUCUUAGCAGCUGAAACACGUUUAUGCACAAGUCUAAUAUACGGAAACCAAAAGGGUAAAAAAAAUAAAUCGAGGGGCGUGGCCUGACUGUGCAGCAGUGCAGACGCACAAACCGAGAGCUCCUGGGCCUCAGACCAAUUACUGGCUAAAAUCGGGGGCAAACUAAGUAAUCCUGAUCCCCAAUUCAUCACAACUUGAUCGGCAGACAUUGAUGAACAGGGGGAUACCUCACACGCCCAGAAAUAACGCCGGAAUGACCAAGCUGAGGCUUGGGGCCUAUACCAAGCAGGGCAAUGGAGAGGCGGCCGCUCUCCCAGCCCAUAACCGCAUGCAGCACCCGCAGCAAAAGGCUACCCCCCCCCCCUUAGGACCGGUGGGGGUUAUCCCGGUCCCAAUCACCUCGACGGGCAAGCCCCAGUGGACCCUAAAAGCGGACACCGACCCCAUCCACGCACCGAACUUGCAUGCAGCCCGCCAUGUCAAAAUGGCAGACACGCAGCCUCGUGGACAACCUGGGCCUCCACCACUAAGCCCCAACACAAGCGACUCCCUCACUACCCGCCUAGACGGGCUGUUUGAGGCCUUCUGGGCAAGAUCGCGGCCCGACAUAAGGAAGAGCGAUCCAAGCUGCUAGAGAUCGGAGGUACGGAGGGCCAACAAGGCGACACAGUUUGGAGUGGGACCAGACUGCCUUUGGGCAAAGCCAUGAAAACUCAGUCCAAGAAUCUCCACACCAGCCCAUCUGGGCCCAGGGCCAACAGGGGAUUAACCCCGAUGCAUCAACCACGUAGGCAGAGUUCCACCCGACGGCGGCAUACCACCAACCCCAGGAACUCCAGACCUACCCCGAAAAGGAAGGACUUGGCCUUCAAUAGUCCCCGAGUCCGUGGCUACAAGAUGCCGGCCCUGAUACAGGCCCGGAGCGAGAAGGCACCUCUGGUUAGCUCCUGGCCGACCGCCAACCUCUACACUACCCCACGCAAGCCCCAGAGGGCACAGCAGCGCCCACCCGUGGCGAAAGCUCUACCAGCACGCAAGCAACAGAGCCCAAUGAAGCCACCAGCAGCACGGAGAUGGGAAAUAUCAAAGGACAAACCUCAGCCCUGCAUCAAACCUUGCAAGCCAUGGAGAGUCGGGUCCCUGACCACAAAUCAGCACAGCCUCAAACCUGGGACACAAACUGGUAACAACGUUCCCUUCCUAACCAGCGUCUGGAAACGCCAUAGCAGGAUAGCAGAGCAGCUGGAUUCCGGUAAACGACCGCUAAGCGGCAUCGGUUGACUGAGCCUGGCAAUACCAAGCACCAAGCAGCGCAGAGCCUGGGCCGCUUUUAUCAUAUAUUUUUUCUUUUUUAGCUUCUCAAAUUUAAACUGGCCCACUGCUGAUUGACUCUGAGUUGCAUGACUGCGCUGACUUAUUCUUCUGAUUAUAAUUAUUGUUUUUAUUUGAAUUGUCUAGGCCUCACGUAAAUAUCCAGUGACUGCCAUACGCCCGCUGGGAACGUGCUUUUAGCUAACUGGGGGGCCCCCUAGGGGUUAAACUCGUAGAAAAGACAUCUGUUUCACUCUCCUUGUAAAAUACUCGUGCCACAGAAAUCCCUGGGUUAAGCUUGUAUACUCUACCUUUUAUUAACAUAGGGUUUCUAGCCUGUAUUUUUCUAAGUCUUACAACACAAUCUGUGAUUCAGCCUGUUUCUUUAUACUAAAAAAGUGCAACUGUUUUAAAUGUCAUGGCAAUAUAUGUAAAUGUUUGACCAUAAUAAGCCCGCGGAUGCUGUGGUGGCUAUGUGAGCUUGUAUGUUAUUCUUUUACUGCACACUAAAAUAAAGAUAAAAAAAAUUUAAAAAAAAUAAAUCAAACGCUUAGUAUAUUCCUCUAUAUCUCUAGAUGAUGUUUUGUGGUCAUGAAUGUUUUCCAUAUAUCCUUAUCUAUCUCUUUCAGGGCGAAAAGGUUUGGCAAUCACUUUGGUUACACAGUAUGACAUUCAUCUAGUAAAUGCAGUAGAAGAGCAGAUCAGUGAGUAUCUUUUGUCCUUCAGUUUAUAACACAGGUUGUAUGUUUCUAUUUUUUUUGGGGGGGAGGGGGAACGGUAAACUGAUUUAAAAAAAAAAAUAUAUAUAUUUUUUUUGUUCUCAGUCAUUGUAAGCCCGUUUGAGAAAGGUCAACCUGUUUUUCCUUAUAAAAUUUGUAAUAACUUAUCCCAUUUCUUUUUAAAUUCUCCUUUGAUAAUAUUGUAAAGCGCUAGGGGAUAAGUUGGCACUACAUAUAUUGCAGUAAUCUUAAUAGAUAUUUUAGUGUACCAUAUAACAGUCCUUUAUUGGUGUUAUUACUUCUCUAAUUUAUAUAUAUAUAUAAUGGUAGGUGCUAAUGGGUCCCCAGGUUCAUUUGAAAGUGAAAGUUACACUUCCUAAUUAGCAGUAACACUUUUCUUCAAAUAUAUAAUCCAUUAAUUGACUGAGGCUGUCAGCUGACCUGCUUAACCAGUUUGUCAUAACACAUAUAGCUUCAUGUAAAUAAUACCCAAAAAUAUAGAACAAUAUUUACCAACCUUUAUAUUUUGCAUUAAAAAAAUCUUACUUGACUAAAAAAAAAAAAAAUCAUUUUUGUGAUAUUGUGAAAUGUGGUGAGAUGAUUGUGUGUAUGUAUGUAUGUGUGAUCACUUUUAGUUCCUGCAUGUUUAUCAGAGUUUUUUCCAUUCUUUUUAUUAAGCUCAACAUAUGUAUUUUUAUUAUUUACCACUUUUUGUGGGAAUUGCAAAAUGUAAGAUAAACUGCUAAAUUGAAAACCUUUUCCAUCUUGACGGAUUGCUGUUUUUUUUUCUGGUUGACCGUUUAAGCCUAAAGUUAGCAGAGUUGAAAGGGUUUUUUCCUUUAUGGCUGCUUUUGUUUGAACACACUUGUCAGUUAUCAACUUUUCUCCAUUUAGUUUACAUCUCCAUUUAUAUUUUUGGUGACUCUCAUUCUUUAAUUUUUGAUCUGACAAUUUAUUGUUUAGUAUUGGAUUAUGUAAAGUUAUAUAUCUUCUCAUUUUACCUGUCAUUGGUGUUACCCAGAGACACUCUAGCUCCGUUAUGGCCUACUAAUUCUGAUUUUUAAAUAACCUCCCCUCAGAUAUGAAGCUACAGGAAUACUCUGUGAAGGAGAGCGAGGUGCUGAAAAUCCUCACCCAUGUCAAUGUGACCCGAAGAGAGUGUGAAAUUGUAAGUUCAUCCCUGUUUUUUUUUCUCUCUCCAGAUUAGAGGCAGUGCACAACAGGGACAUCCACUCUGUCUGGACAGGAAAAGGCAGGCAGUCACCUAGAAAUUUAAUAGUUAAGCCCUUCCUAACACUCCUCCAUAAAAUAUAAAAUCCCAACAUGUCCUAAUAACCCCAGGUCUCUGCCUGCCUUUGGCAGGCUAGGUAGGCACUUACGCUUUUGUUUUCAGGAGUACGGUAAGGCAGCGACUGAGUCCAAGGAGGACUCAGCUCCAGCGAGAACAUAGGUCUUCAGGCGGGCCUGGCUCUUCCCUCUCCUGUGCCUAACGAUGAAACGCACAUUGUGCGUCUGCGUUCCUUUUUGCCUGUCGAUUCCCGUUAGUUUCAAAUAUUUUUCUCUAACAUAUAGUGGCAGUACCAGAGUGGGGUUUGUAUUCCCUUUUGGACAAGCCGAUUGCAAAAUAAGAUCUACAAAUUUAAAUAGUCCCUCCUCCUUAAGAGUCCAGAUCUCCUUGCCAGUAUUUUUUCUUGUCGCAUUUUGGGACUGUCAAGCGGACCACAAGUUGUCAAGGCUGGCGAGGUUGACAUGUUGCUGUCUGAGGGACCCGGUCUGCUAGCUCCAUGGGUGGCGAGCUGAAAGACCGUGCUCCGAGACUAGUUAUAGAGCAAAUGAGCAGUAACUGUUUUAUGCCAAGUUGGAUUCCUGGCUACUACUGGACUCAUUCCCAGAUGGCUCUCAAAUUAUAAGGCAGGCUCUACGCACAACGGUGGAAUACUUUCCGGGAGAUCUUUUGUGCCACUGAAGUUCCAAAUGUGCUGAUGUACAUGCACAAUUCGGAACUUUAGAAAUUCAGAAUGAGGCCUUUACAGAAAAACAUUUUAGUGGAAUGGGACAGAGGGACAUCUUCUCAAGAUCAAUUGAUGAAAAUCUGGCAUUCAUCAAUAAGAAGUUUCUGUUUGUGUACGACUUCUCAAUUCCUGACAGAAGGUCUUUCAUUCACAAUGAAGAAUUACUGUAUACCACAGAUGCUUCAAUAUAUGGUUGGGGAGCUCAUCUGGGAAAAUAUGUGACAAAAGGACAAUGGAUAACUCAGGAUUUCCGGAAGUCAAAUUACUGGGAACUCCUGAGUUUCAAGAAACAUCUAAGGGACAUCAUGUGCAGAUAAGAUCAGAAACUUCUACCACAGUUCUGUAUUUAAACAGACAAGAAGGGACUUGUUCUCACUCCCUGGCUAAGUAGUGCUCCAGAAUGAUGCUGUGGUCACAUCAUCUUCUCUUCCUUUCUGCUGAACAUAUAAAAGAAGUAACCAAUACUUUAGCAGAUGCACGAAGCAGGGAGAUUGUUCUCUCUCCAAUCAAACUUUCAAGGAAGUCUUAUUGAGAUUUGGAAAUGCCACCAUAGACCUGAUGACCUCGGGAACAAACAGGAAAACCAAAGGUUUGCCUCAUUCAACCAGUCAGAUAAUCCAGACAUUUGUGUAUGCCCUAGAGAUUCCCUGGGAUUUUCAGCUGGCCUUCAUUUUGCCCCCAGUUCUUCUUAUUCCAAGAGUUUUACAAAAAAUCAUUUGGGACAAAGCAAAGAUCAUUGAGAUUCUUUCCCUCUGGUACCAGAGAAACUGUUUUUCAAUGUCGUUGAACCUAUCAAAGAAAGACUACUGGCAUCUUUCAAUGUCUGUUGAUAUUUUGGAACACAGCCUAGUUCCUCUAUAGAAUCUCAAGACUUUAAAGCUUACUGCAUUGGUAUCUGAAUGCCAGAUCCUAAGUCCCAAGGGUCUAAGCCCAGAAGUUAUUGACAUCCUGAUUGCCGCCAAAAGGAUUCCACCGUUAUAGUAUAUUCCAGGAUCUGGAAGAAAUUUUCUUCCUAGUACCAGGAGAUUUCUUCCUUUCCUCCUAAGGUUUCAACAGACAACCUGAACCAAGAAAUUAUUUUCCCAAUAUCUACAGAAUUUCCAUUGCUUCGAUGUCAGACACGCUCUACAGGGAUAUUUAGAAAGGGGGGGAAAAACUACCUUUUCGUCCUUCUGAAAGGUUGUUAGUACUUUAUCAGGGUCAAUAGAAAGCUUUAAUGGCAUCAAAAGGUUAAUUGGCAAGAUGGAUAAAAUAAGCUAACAUUCUUGCAUAAAGGUCUUCCAAUGCUUCUCCUCCUCUCUAAUCAAAAGCUCAUUACCUAAGGGCAAUUGCCACAUCAUGGGCAUUCAGGGUUUCAGCUACUCCUCAGAUUUGCAAAGCAGGUACCUCGUCCCCCAUUCACACUUUUUCCAAACACUAUACAUUAGACAUACAGAUCUCUUCAUUGUUCUUGUGCACUGCCUCUAAUCUGGAGGAAAAGAUCACAUUUUACUUACCAUAAGUUUAUGUUAGAAGCAGUGCACGUAUUUUCCUCCCUGUUUAAUAAAUAUAGUUAUUAGAACACAUUGGGAUUUUAUACCAGACGGAGGAGGAGUAUUAGGAGGGCUUGACUUUUACAUUUCUAGGUAACUACCUGCCUUUUCCUGCCCAGGCAGAGUGGAUAUCCCUGUUGUGCACUGACUCUAAUCCUAACAAAAAUAAAUGUACAGUAAAUCAAAUUUUAUCUUUUGUUUUCUUCUGUUGCUUAGCCACUGGCAGAAAUGUACUCCAAAUGUCUGUUGGCUUUGUCUGCAAAUAGUCUAAUAGUGAUACAUUGUGUCUUUUUGCUCCAGAAACUAGAAUGCACAGACUUUGAUGAGAAGAAGGAGAUAAACAAGAGAAAGCAGCUCAUUCUUGAGGGAAAGGUAAGAAGUGCUAACACCUCUAUUUAAUGUAGUGCAUACGAAUAUCUAGCCUCUACUAACAAAGGUGGAUGCCUUGGAUCUCCUUUUAUUAAUCCCAGCCAUUCGUAGAGGAAUACAUGGAAAAAGAGGUAGUGUGAUAAUAAAGUAAAGAACAUAAGGCCUCAGAUUUCUUGAUAAUACUACUUUUUAAGGUAGAAUACCUGCCUGUAUAGGUCUGCUUUUAGAUACACACUAUUUUAAUAAUUACAGCUGUUUUUGUAAGGUAACCUAUCCAAGUUAUGGUCUUGACAUAUUUACCUAUCUAUUUUAUUGAAGGAUCCUGUUCUGGAAGCAAAACGGAAAGCAGAGCUGGAGAAAAUUAAGAAGCAGAAGAAGAAAUUCAAGGAGCACAUUCAGGAGUCCAUUCAGCAGAAGCACGAUGCCCAAAUACGCAGGAAAUUAAAGAAGAAAUUUCUGCGACAGGAAAAAAAGGCAGCAAAGUCCCAGCAAUGACAGUACUCCCUCUUAAGGGGAAAUAAGUCCACCAAAAAUACAUGGAUAGACCUGAAGGUCUAGAUCUUCCAUGCGGGGUCUAGACUGUUUAUCAUCAUCCUGAUGGCUAUGGCUUUUCUGGCCUCUGUUGUACAAUUCAACGUGUAGCCUUGGAUAAUCCUCCCCACUGCAACUUUGGAACCAAGUGCCUUUGAUUAUUACACUUGACAUGCUUAAUUCCUGCUGUCAAAUCUUUUGUAGUAAAUGCUGAUUGUUAUUAUCCUGAAUACUAGCGAUCUACACAUGUGGCUGUGUAUUGUCAUGGUUAACAUUCUCCAAAAUAUGAGAGUGGCUUACCUGGGAUUUAAGAGGUUUUAGUUGCCAUUCUUCAUAACGUUUGCUAGUAUUUUGAAUGUCUCGUGAUAAACAUGGCCGGGAUCUUGAAGGCCAUGUCUCGGAUUUUCACAGUUUAAAAGUCAUGGAUAUUUUGUCAUCUGUUGUUCCAACACAGUCUGCAAGAAUGAUCUUUAUUAUUAUUUUGUUAAUGGGAAGUUUCAGUUCUGUGCUGAUUUUAUUCAAGGACAAUGCAAUGCCUAACAGCCAUGGCUGUCUCUUAAAACAGUAUUGCUCUUUGGUCAUCUGUAGAAAUUAAUUUAAUUUGCAUGUAUAAUUAUAUACUAUUUUUGGGAACCUUGCACUCGACUGCUUUGUAUAAAUCACUUGCCCAAGUGUUUCACUAGGUCCCGUGUCUUGGUAAAAAAGUCUUCUUUUUGUUUAUUGCGUAAAAUGUAUAAACUGACAGAUGAACAUUUAAGUCCAUGAAAGGAACUUUUUCAAGAUACUGAAUGCAAAUCAAACCCCCUCCUAAUUCACCAAAACAAGAUUGCUAGUCCAAAAGACAUUAACUGUAUUCAUAUCCUCUUUACUAAAAGAGGUUACAUGGUAACGGAAUGGAUAAUGUAUUUAAGAGAUUCUGUAUUCUCUUUGGAUUUGCAAUAUUAAAAGAUGAUGUUCCUAAUUCCUUUUGCUAUUUUGUAACUAGUAACUAACAGAAAUGCA